UCUACGCACCAGUUAGCGCCACUCUUUGCCUUCAACUCACUGACUGCCUCUUUGAGACAUCUUGGUAACUCCUGAAGCUUGAUUUUGCCGCAAAAAAUGUCCGAAGCAAUGGACGUGGAAGCUCCCGUUCCGCUGCCCAGGGAUUCCACGAACAGUGUCAUGUGUCGGUUGACAGACCCGGAGGGCACUCCACUCGGAACUCCGAUGUACCUUCCCGAAAUCGCCGGUCCCAAAGAGCUCAAUCAAAUGGUCAACAAGCUUCUUAGCAACGAUGAAAAAUUGCCUUAUGCAUUUUAUAUCUCAGACCAAGAGCUCGUGGUGCAUCUUGGGUCAUAUUUAGAAAAGAACAAAGUUUCUGUGGAGAAAGUCUUGACUAUAGUAUAUCAACCUCAAGCAGUUUUCCGGAUCCGUCCUGUAACCCGAUGUUCUGCAACAAUUGCUGGUCAUACUGAAGCUGUACUUUCAGUGGCCUUCAGCCCUGACGGACAGCAGUUGGCAAGUGGCUCAGGUGAUACCAUGGUUCGACUAUGGGAUUUGAAUACCCAGACACCGUUGUUCACUUGUAAAGGUCAUAAAAACUGGGUUCUUUGUAUCGCAUGGUCACCUGAUGGUAAGUACCUUGUGAGUGGAAGUAAAACUGGGGAGAUUAUCUGCUGGGAUCCACAGACUGGGAAGCCUUUGGGCAAUCCUCUUACUGGCCACAAGAAAUGGAUAACUGGUAUUUCCUGGGAACCUGUACACCUCAGUGCUCCAUGUCGCCGCUUUGUAACUGCCAGUAAAGAUGGUGAUGCACGAAUAUGGGACGCUACAUUAAGGAAAUGUGUUAUUUGUCUUAGUGGUCAUACACUUGCUAUCACUUGCGUGAAAUGGGGUGGAGAUGGAGUGAUUUAUACAGGAUCUCAGGACUGUACAAUCAAGGUAUGGGAAACUUCACAGGGGAAGCUUAUUCGUGAGUUGAAGGGUCAUGGACAUUGGGUUAACUCCUUGGCAUUAAGCACUGAAUAUGUACUUCGCACUGGUGCUUUUGAUCACACUAGUAAAAACUUUUCUUCUCCUGAGGAAAUGAAGAAGGUAGCAUUAGAAAGGUACAAUAAAAUGAGAGGUAAUGCUCCUGAGAGAUUGGUUUCUGGAUCAGAUGAUUUCACAAUGUUCCUGUGGGAACCUGCUGUCAGUAAACACCCCAAAACUCGUAUGACUGGUCAUCAACAGCUUGUUAAUCAUGUUUACUUCUCUCCUGAUGGACAAUGGAUAGCAAGUGCAUCAUUUGACAAGUCAGUCAAGCUAUGGAAUGGUAUUAGUGGAAAGUUCAUUGCCGCUUUCCGCGGUCAUGUUGGACCUGUCUAUCAGAUCAGCUGGUCAGCUGAUAGUAGGCUGCUUUUGAGUGGGAGCAAAGACUCAACCUUGAAGGUUUGGGAUAUUCGGACAAAAAAGUUGAAACAAGACCUUCCUGGCCAUGCAGAUGAGGUCUUUGCUGUCGACUGGAGUCCAGAUGGUGAGAAAGUUGCCUCUGGUGGCAAAGACAGAGUUUUAAAGCUUUGGAUGGGUUAAUCUGCCACUUAUGGCUAUGGAAGUUAGAUAUGGGUUUCUGGUUUUACUUCUGCACUGGUUUUACUGUGGGUACAAGCUUUAUUUUACACAGGAUGGAUCAAAUCUCGUGAACAGGCCAUAUCAUGUGGACCAUCAGAGAGCCCUCUUGUCAAAAUACAUGAAGUUGGAAGGUAUUUCGGAAUGUAUUAGUCGAGAGGGUGUUCAAAAUUCAAACAGUUGCGUUUAUGUACCCAGGGGUGAUCUCUAUUGCUACAUUUUGCAAGAGAAAGGCAUCAAAGUGCUUGCUGGAGGGAGGCAUGCAACUGAUACCAUGGAGUUGGAGUUUUGUUUCUCUUAUUCAUUAUCACUUGUACUGAUCUGCUGCACAGUGUGUAUACAAUACAAUAUUCCAUUUUCCCAUUUAGCUAGUUUAGAUAGAGAAGGAUUAUUCUCCCAGUAAAAGAUCUUUACUGAUCAGAACUUAUCUCCCAAGGUUUUUAUUUCAUAGUAUAAAUGCAGAAUUUAUCUGAA